AUGGCAGAACUCCUAGGUGUUGUUGCCAGUGCGAUCACCGUGGCCGAGGUUGCCGCAAAAGCCGGCGGCGCCAUUCCGAAGCUCAAGGCUCUGUGGGACGAGAUUCAGAACAUGGAGAACGAGCUCAACGUUUACCGCGCAUCCGUAAUCAACCCCAUCUUGCUCAAUGAUGGUGCCAUGCGCAAGAGCACACAGUACUGCCGCGAGUCGUUGCAGAGCCUAUCCCAUCUUGUGGAUGAUAUGAGCGUCCAGAUACAAAAUCAAAAGAAGUUGAGACGCGGGCUGGCCAAGGCAAAGAUUGUCCUAAAGAAGCAUGUUCUCGUGGAUCUCGAAGCUCGGUUGCGUAAAGCUCUGGCGUUGCUGUCCCUUGCACAACAAAGUUACAUGAUGUCAAUAAUGAAGCUUCAACCACACAUCAUUGUGAGCCAGUUGACGGCACAGAGCCAAAGACCGGAACAAGUCUUGUUGAAUGCGGGCUCACUUAUGAACGACAACUGUGAAGCUGCAGAAGAAGUUCCAGAUUUCGUUGUUCAUUCAGACUAUGGAGGCUCAUCGCAUAGUAUAAUCAAACAAGAAUAUAAUUAUUCGAGUUGGGCCCGACGCUUCGGUCCCGUUGCAGUCGCAUGGCAAUUAUCGGAAAGAACAUUCUUGGGUAAUCACAGCACCAAUUACUCUCUUCGCGUCCAGUUGCCAUCGUGGCUACUGAAGACAUCUUGGGAGGUACAGCUUUCAAGAGGCCUUGGCGGUCCCAGUAUUGGACUCAGGGCUUGGCGAACUGUCCCUGCAUACUCUCCAGCCUUCGAAGCUGUCGAUAGCGGCGACGUCAAAGGUCUCAUAGGCUUACUAGACACGAGACAGGCGACGCUCUUUGACAGAGAUCCAGAUGGAUAUACACUUCUUCAUGUAGGAGAUACUGUCUACCAUAUGCCGGCGAUCAUUAGUAUUAACAAUUCGCAGGAAGCAUUUCGGAGUUCAGGACUAGAAUGCGUACGGUUAUUGGAAGAUUCCGGGCUCAGUGUCUAUGAAACAGACAAUUUUGACAGAACACCACUCACAGCUUUAACUUACGGUGAAUGGAACAUCCCAAGAACUACGCAGGUUAAGGAACGAAUCUCGGCGUGGCACGGGACGUUUCAGUCUAACAACGUCCUGGACGGAGAUGAUUACGACUACUGGGACGGAUACAGUGCCAUGAUUCUGAAGGACUGCAGCGAUGACACACUCGAAAACCUUUUGCGCCAUAAUAAUGACGCCCAGAAUACAAUACUUGACAGUAUUCACUGGCCAAUGUUUCUCUUUUUGCAGUGGCCGUAUCGUUCUGCAGUACCUUCCAGCACCUAUGCAUUUGUUUCCAGAAAUGAGACAAUACUCAAGUAUAUGCUUGACGAUGAAAUCGUCGGUAACCUCGCAUACGCGAUCGGGGACAGGUCAUGGCCCCUAUCAGAGUCCGAAAAAGCAGACUGGGGGGACAUUUUGAAGGCGGUUUUGGGUGAUGAAUCGUUCGAUCAGGCUUGGUUGCAUUCUACUACUGUCUGUUGGGAGGAAGCCACAGAUGAUCGUCCAUUCAACAUGCAAUGGCCCUGGAGUGACGCGACACCACUAGUAUCUCUACUCCAGGGCUAUUGCAUCAGGCACGACUUGCAACGAGGCAAGUCCAAGCAUGCUGGGCUGGCCAAUGCUCUACACUUCUGGUUGCAACUACUGCAACAGAACAAAGUUGACCUGAUCGACUAUGGGCUCAAGGAACGCCAAAUGAUUCAACAGAACCGGCCAGAAAUAGGCACAUAUCAGGCCUUUUCCCGCACAUACGGUGUUCCGGAGAGGUUACUGGAUAUACGAUAUGGACCUAAUCCGCAAGACUGGUAUUUGAUAUGGGAUUUGGAUGUUGAGCAGAUGGCGGGCCAGUUUUGGACCUCUUUGAGAGAACCCGAGUUUGCUAUGCCUGGUGGAUGGGUAGACGACUGA